AGACAUUCGCAAAAUCGGUUUGUUUACCUGUCGCACGCCUUUCACAAAUACCAUUUCCCGCGCUUGGUAAACGAAAGCUCGCAAACUGAUUUCUUAGCUAAGCGUCGUCGAUCAGCAUAAUCGUGUGUGUUUGGCGUAGCCCAGCGAUGCCGGCAAUGGAAGCAACACACGAGAAGCGGUAUUCGGUGGAAGACACAGAAAGCAUGUGGAAAACGUUGGUGGUUACAUUUACCGAUAUAGUCAACGAUCAUGGAUCGCACCUGGAAAAGAUUCUAAACAUGAUUCGGACGGAUAUUACCUACGAUGAUCCCGGCCUGUUCCCGAGAACGCUGCUAACGGAUGCUGAGCGAGAGCGGUGUCGUAGCUUCAUUUACUGGCUUAUGUACCAGCUGCUUAGAAUAGCGUCGUGCGAAGCCUAUGAAAGAAUUUCAGACAUAUACACCAAUUUGCAGCGGGAAAUAGUGACGGCCUGCUUCGUCAAGCAACGCUGGUUAGCCCUGGAAAUUACGAUGGAGUUUAUCAAGCUGUUGGACCAAAUGAAUGAUUAUCAGACCGAUGGUAGCGAUACGAUUCGCGCAUUUUACCAUGCCUUCAACAACGUCACCAUACUCGGAACAGCAUACAAGUGUGAAACGAUAGCAAUCGACAGCAUCAUCCGCUGCCGUAUGAUUCGCAAGCAUUGCUUGCACGCCAUAACGGAAUCCAUGUCCCUGAUCAUCAACCAGCAGAACGAAGAAUCAUCCAGCAUUGUAAACCGCAGCUUGUGCACCGUUUUGCGAACGUUUUCGUUGGGCAAUCUACAAGAGAAAGACGUGUGCAUCACGUUUUUCCGGGUGUAUUUCCAGCAAAACGAUCAGGCACUAUGCUCCAGCUAUUCUUUGCAGCAAACAUUAAACGUGAUGAGCUUACUGGCUGUUGCUUUGAACCGAAUCAGCGCUUGGUGCUCCGGUAGACUGGUGCAUCAACGAGAAGUUGACAGAUUUCUGCGAUCGCUAACGGAUCUCUACACCGCAAUGAAUACGAAGCGUGCAUCGCUCCCACUCGAACAAGAGUGGACACACAAAAUAAGCACCGUGUUGAUAGAGUUGUUACGCAGUAGCAAAAACUGCCAAACGGCUGAAGGCAUAAAGAUAAACGAAUUGCAACUACACAAAUUGAAUCAUGAAAUGUUAAUGCUCCGAGAGAAGCUGAGUCCAUCACUGGAUACCCGGUUCGGGUUUGCGGACAUGAUCAUCUGUGCCGAAAUCAUGGAGUUUGAAGAGAUUAUGGCCAAACAGAUAGUGAAGCAAAUCCAUAAUGCACUGUCCCGAACAAUCGAUCAAAACAUUCGCGCCUCGCGCAAAACAUCCGUCCGUUUGGUGAGCAGUAUGUGGGACAUGCUGUUAGAAAAAGUGGCACUCAACAACCAUCUCCUAGAACGCGCUCUGACAGUGGCCAACAAAAUCGUGUACAAACUAAGCGCUCAGCUGAAAACAAGCGCUAUCUUCGAUGAUCCGAUGGAAGCAGGUGAACAUCAGUUUCUGUUUUUCGAAUCGAAACUUUCCCUCUUGGAGGCAGCGUUCGUGGUGGAAAAAUUCAGCGAAAGACAGGAAGGUCUGUUAAAAGUUGUGCUUGGUAUACUACACGUAAGCGAUUGCCGGUCGCUAAACGCUAGCCAGCAGCACGCGCUACUUCAAACUCUGUUUGCCCAGUUCGAGAAAGCAUCUGCCAGUAACGACAAGAACUCGAAACAUCGAUGGAGCACCGAUAUAGACAGUGAGUUGUGUCGUAACGCAUUGUUGCAGCUAUGUAAAUUGCAAACUGACCAUUUGCAUGCUGAAGUAGUGAGUAGCUGUAUUGACGGACAACUUACCUCGCUGCUGAAGUUCAUUGCCAAUUCAAAGGAUUGUAUCGCCAUGAAACGGACGCUGCUAGGUGCAUUCCGACCUCUAGUAUUGUCUUCGAAACUAGAUUUAAAGAUACUGUUUGACAAUGUGUUUGUACCUCUGUUGGCAGCUAGUUACGAUACUAAAACGUUGGUGGACAUAAUUGGAGUGUUAAAUUUGUUGUUCUGCAUCUGCUCCGCCGGGGACCAGAGUUUCCAUGUAGUUCAGACAUCAGAAGACCAACGACAUUUUAGGUGCAACGAAUGCAACCAGCACACAGAAUCCGACCCACUGGCAAAAGAUCUUUGUGUGAAAACAGCUUCAAAACUGUUGGUAUCACAAGGGAAAUCUAUCGACCCGGUAAGACAUAUGCGAGACGUGUUAAGGAAAAUCAUUAAUACAGAAGAAGAAACAGUCUUGCUGGCUUGGGCUGAUUUUCUCCCAAGCGCGUUGAAACAUUCCUUCGAAUGCAUGUUGGUGGACGAUGAGGUCGUCUCGUUUUGGAUGUCUUUAUUCCGAAGCAAUUCGACGAAAGUCUGCCAACAGAUGACCAACCAUAUACCAUCGAUCGUCCAGACGCUCGCUACCAAACUAACCGACGAACCGGAACGGCACGACAAGUGUGUGCAUAGCUUGUUGGAGCAGCUACUGCUAGCUACGAAGCGUUGCAUCAUGACGAAAACCAACUAUUCCCACCAAAUGGUCGUGGUGCGUAUGAUUGUGGAGUUUGCCGAUGCCCAUUACCAUGCCACGACGAAGGAAGGAGUGACCGAAGCUAGGCAAAUGUUGUUCCACUGCGUGCGAAUGAUGAUUUUUCUACUGAUGCAUCCAGAAUCGCACGUCACGCACGAAGCCUCAAUAGCGAUCGCGGAAAUGUGCGCAAGGCAAGACAUAAGCCCGUGGAAGAUCCUGUCCUGGUAUCGGCACGACAUAAUCAAGCAAAUGAUGGGUCUUGCCGUAAGCAACUACAUCCUAGCCGGCAUUACGCUGCACCAAUCGAUGAACAACGUGAGCCACACCUUCGAAUGUAGGGAUCCGGUCGAUUUUGUGGGCAAACAUUACAAAAUCAUUAUGGCCAUGUUGCUUCCCUGGUGCCUACGGGUGCCGAAAUGUGACGAUCUGUUGCGUGAGGUGGCCAUCAUCGUUCGGAAAGAUUUGGUAGCGAUGCUAUCGGUAUCAUUUUUGACGAUCUACACCUAUCUGUUUAUCAGUGAGUCGGUGGAAAUAACUAACAACUGCAUCGAGUACAUUAUGAAGCUAACGGGUAAUAGCUUUUUCCAUUUGCUGCAUUCCGACAUAAAGCGAACGGUAUCGGAAGUGCUGAUCUACUACCAUAUCAACCCAGAGUGUGUGAUGCACGCAUUUCGCAGCUUGCUCUCUAAGGACAGCGACAUAGACGAGGUAUCAACGGCGCGGAUUGCGGAAUACAUCGCGGAACGAUUUCUUGGAGUGCUGGCAAACCUAGAGGCAACGCUGGUGAAUCCCGACGGAGAAAAAUUUCUCAAAAGCCUGGCACUGCUAAGUCUCGGUGACAUAAUACGACUGCUCGGCGGGGAACACAUUACACCGUUUCGGUUCAAAAUCAUUGCAGUGCUUCGAACGGCGCUCGCACUGCCCGAGGCACCGGCACUGACCAAACUUUGCGUGAACACGUGGCGCAUUUUUAUAUGCACGGUCGACGUGCGUCAGCUUGGUUCGUUGCUGAGCACAAUUUUCGUGACGCUGGAACCAUUGCUUCUUUCGUUUCCGGAAAACAUAGGCUACAUCUUUCGGUAUCUGGUCAUCGAAAACAAUAAUCUGUUGGGCAACAACCUUGGCGAUCUGUUCUUUCUCGAGGACACGAAUGUUGCACACGACAUUAAAGCGGUUGUGUCAUCUCGUAUUCCGAAGCACGACAGCAAGGAUGGAACGGAUCGGUUUGUACUGCGCCUAGAGGAGCUCAUUCGACACUGUAAUCACGAGAACCUGAAGAUUCGAGCGUACGCCCUCGCCUACCUAUGCCGACUGUGUGAAACAAGCCGUGCAGAGAUAAAUGAAGCUAUACUGGGCCAACAUCAGAAUAUGAGCCUUGCCCCAAUAGCGACGAUGGUAGAAACGUUGAUACGCGGGCUGUGUGAGCAAGAUGCAACCCUUCAAGAACGAGCUGCCGAAUGUCUGGGCGAGCUGGGCGCUCUCGCACCCAGCCAUCUGCCACCCAACUAUGCACCGACAGGAUUGGGAUUCGCGCUCAGUAUUCACUCGGAUUGUUUUGCUAUUAUCGCGCUGCGCGAGCUGUGCCGAGCGUACCAGCGGCAAAAAGAUUCCAAAUUCGUAGACAGUUUUUCGCUCGCCAUACAGGAAAUAUUGAACGAACGAGGCGUUUCCCCGGCGGCAGACAAGAAGCGCGAAGUGUGGGAAACCAUCCCGGAACGGUUACGCCCGAUUAUGGAACCGUUGCUCACGUCCUGCUACACUACCGUGUCUAGAGCGUCCCUAUCGAUGGUGCACCCGGUGUUUAACAACAUUCACUCAAGCCACGAAUGGUGUUACCAGUGGGCGUCGCAAAUGAUCGAAGGGAUAACGUGCGAUUCGACACGCAAUCUGCUGCGAGCAUUUAAGCCAAGCUUGCGCUGCGAUAGAGGAACACUGCUGAUGAUGCUACCGUACGUACUGCUUCAUGCACUGCAGCUGAGCAGUGGAACCGAGCCAAGAAAUCUAAUCGCGGACGAGCUGCAUACCGUGUUCCUCGCUGCCAUAGCACAUUCCGAAAGUGUGCCCACCAUUUCUGCGAUGGAGGACAGAAACAGUGUAGAAGAUGUAGCCGGCAGUGCUGCUGCGGUGGAGUCGAUCGUUUGCAUCACUCCAGAACAGCAAGAUACUUCCAGCAAGGAGCUAGCGUUGCAGUGCGCCAAGUAUGCGUUCGGGUUAUUUGACUUUCUCGAACGAUGGAAACGGCAACAUCUUAAGGAGAAUGGUGCCAAGUCUUCGGCAAACCAACACGAUUACGAUGUGGUUGAUAGUUUCCUGCGAAACUUUGACUGUGAUCUACUGGCGCAAGUGAACUUCAAAUGUCAAGAAUACUCAAGAGCUCUGCAGUACGUAGAGUGCAGCUUAACCGGCGAGGAUAAUAAGGGUAGAAAGCUGCAGGAUAAGCUAUCGUUCUUGAGUGAAAUUUUCUCCCGUCUCGGUGAUUCCGAUUCGGUCGAAGGAGUAAUGGCUUUGAAAGCGACGGAACCGACGCUGCAUGAGCUAAUUCUUUAUCACAACGCCACCGGCCGGCUACAGGAGGCUGUCGCAUGCUACGAACGACUACUGCAGUUGACCAACGUGGAAGAACAAGCGCUCAGUCUGGACUAUGUGAACAGUAUGAUCGAGUGUUAUCUACGGCUGGAUCAACCGGAAACAGCGCUUCUGUUGGCGGAAAGCUUGCUUGUCCGAUUCCACGACACUGCGCUGCACAAACCGCUGCUGGACAUACAGGCGGAACCAUUGUACCGGUUGGGCCGGUUUGAAGAGCUCGAGGAACUAAUCGUUCAGAGGCAGGCCGAUCAGUUAAGUGGUGCGAUCGAUGGCGAAGAGCGGCAUUGGGGAGUUAUCUGUGGAUCGCUGAUAAUUGCGUUCCGCCAGUCCCACUAUGACAAAUUUUGCACCGAAAUCGAACGUGCCCGGCUGCAUGUGGUGCAAGGCAGCUGCAGCGAACGCAUCAGCUCACGCCCAUUAGAUGAGCAGCUGGGCACGUACGAGAGUCGCUACGAUCAGGUGCUCAAGUUGCACAUCAUCCACGAGUUUGCCAAGUGUGGUCGCAUCAUGCAGAAGCUGCGCUCCUUGCAGCACGGUUCGGACGAGGAACGCAAUACGGCCACAACGCUGUACGAGGAUGUGCAGACGCUUAUGGUUAAUCUGAACGACAGGCUGGAGGUAUUGCAACCGAAUGCAACCACAAUAGAACCGAUCAUCAGUCUGAGGCGUAUACUGCUGAAAGAAAUAAGCCGUACCAUAGAUACGAUCCGCUGGCAGGGCAGCGACAAUGAGAACGGUGUAAAGGAGCUUCGCCAGCUGAUCGAUCAGACCAUCGGACAGCUUUGGAUGAAGAGCACGGAGCUAGCAUCGCGGGCCAAUAUGUACCAGCAGGCACUGUUGUACAUUUUGCACGCGGAAAGCUAUCGGCCGCCCGAUCUUUUCAUCAAAAAUGCAAAACUGCUGUGGGAUCGGCGCGACGUGACGGGUGCAUUGAAAGUGCUCGAGCGUGGCGUGAACGAGAUACUGGGCGAUGUGGCGGCCGGUUCGAUGGAUGCGAACAGUCUGAAAGCCAUACCGAAAGAUCUUCGCUUGAUAUAUGCGGAAGGCAAACGGCUGAUUGCGACGUACAACGCUGAAGCUUCAAACAUAUCGGCAACUCUUAAUCGGCGUUAUUUCAAGGAAGCGUUAGAUGCAAACCCGGAAAGUGAAAUUGCAUUAGUGCAGUUGGCCCAGUACAUCGACAAACUGUACAGUUCAUGUCCUGCGAGCGAGCAAAACUCCGCCAACUGUUGGGAGAUGAUGUUCGAGGUAAUGAAAUGUUACGGCAAAUCGAUGAUGUUUGGAUCGAGCUACAUCUAUCAAUCGAUGCCGCGGGUGCUAAGCAUAUGGCUCGACUCUACCGCCAAGACCAUGCAAAAAUCGGAAGACGCGUCGAGUUCUGCUGCCGUUAUGAGUCGCAAAAUCGCACUGUCCAUGAACAAGUUGGCCAACAAGUUCAAGGAUACGCUGUCGCCAUACUUUUUCUUCACUGCCUUCUCGCAGCUAAUUAGCAGAGUGGCCCAUCCGUCACAGGACACGUUCUACGUGUUGAAAGGGAUCAUUGUGAAGUUGCUUCUCAACUACCCGCAGCAAACACUGUGGAUGAUGCUUAGCGUGUACAAAUCAUCCUACACCAACCGGGUGCGGCGAUGCGUGGAAAUAUUCAACGAUCGUCAGCUACUCCAGGUGGAGCCGAUGCAAAAGCUGAUAAAAGACUUUAACGCGUUGGCUGAACGACUGAUCGAGCUUACCAACAAGGACAUCCCCGGCCCGGCCAAAGGCAUGCGAAGUAGUAACCCGGUCAAAAUAACAGUUUCCUCGCUAGUGAGUGCUUUGCCCAAACUGUUGGCCGAUAAAAACUUUUCGAACGUCAUCAUUCCCAUCGAAAGGUGUAUGCAGCUAGUGCUGAACAAGAACACGGGCAUGAACUUUCAGCCAUAUCCGACGAAUGCAAUUUACAUUGCGGGCAUCGAGGAAGAGCUGACGGUGUUAUUCUCGCUGCAAAAGCCUCGUAAGAUAACGCUACGCGGGCAUAACGGAAAGCAUUACACGAUGAUGCUGAAGCCUAAGGAUGAUCUGCGAAAAGACUUCCGUUUGAUGGAAUUCAAUGCGGUAGUGAAGCAAUACCUCGCUCAAGAUCCCGACGCAAAGUUUCGCCGGCUGUACAUACGCACGUACGCCGUUCUGCCGCUAAAUGAGGAGUGCGGUAUAAUAGAGUGGAUAUCGAACUUGAACCCGUUUCGCAGUAUCGUAUGCACGUAUUACAAACAGCGCGGGCUAGGAAUAACGGUGGCCGAGCUACGCAAAUUCUCGUUCGAACGUUCCGAUCCGCUGGCCAAGAAACGGCAAGCGUUCGAAUCUAUUCUCGUCCCCCGUCAUCCGCCACUGUUUGGGGAAUGGUUUCGGGACUGUUUUCCGAACCCCAACAACUGGUUCCAAGCGCGCUCGUCGUACAUUAAAACCACCGCGGUCAUUUCGAUGGUUGGCUACAUUCUGGGACUGGGCGAUCGACACGGUGAGAAUAUUCUGUUCGAUUCCACUAACGGCGAUACCGUGCACGUAGACUUCAAUUGUCUGUUUAACCGGGGAGAAACUUUCACUAUCCCAGAGCUGGUACCUUUCCGGUUGACGCACAAUAUGGUCCAUGCGAUGGGACCACUGGGCGUGGAAGGGCUUUAUCGGCGGUGCUGUGAAAUAGUGUUGAGAAUAUUGCAAACGCACGCAUCAACCUUCAUGUCCGUGUUAAAGCCGUUCGUGUACGAUCCCAUGGUAUCGUGGAGCAAGGUUGGCAAUGCCAGUUUGGGACAGAGUGAAUCGGGCAACCGGGACAGCUACGUCGAACGGACGGAUCCCCAGGCAAUGCAUAAUGUGUUGAACAUUGAAGAGCGAUUGAAAGGAUACGUGAAGAUAAAGGGCAAAUUAUCGCACAUGCCAUUAUCUAUAGAAGGGCAGGUAGAUCAUCUCAUCAAGGAAGCAACAGACAUAGAUAAUCUCGCGCAAAUGUACAUUGGCUGGUCGGCGUACACGUGAGGAAAUGUUGUAAUAGAUGAACAGAAAGAAAAAAAAUCUGAGUUAUGGAGUUUUCAUUCUUUUUUGUAACGUCGCGCCAUUGAUGACGAUCACAAAGGCAAUAGGCUGCAAAAACAUUAUUUUUUGUAAACUA